CCUUACUUUCAAAUAAAAAGAUAUUUGUUAAAAUAUUGUGUUUCAUUCGAAAUGACAGCUAGUAAUGACAUAAUGUGACAUUCUGUUAAAAAAAAUAAAUGUAGAGUUCUUGAUUGUUUUUCAUUUUAAAAUAGGAUAAAAUUAUGUGAUUGAACUUAAAAAUUCUCUAUUCAAUUGUAUAUUUCGAUCUUCAAAGUGUUGUCAUAAGUAUUGCCCUGAAAAUUGAGUAUAUAAACGCAGAAUGACGAAUGCUACGAUUCAGGAGAUUGAAGGUAUAGACGACUACUGGGGGCCGGCGUUUCGCUCCGUGUAUGAAGGGGAGGGUGGGCAUGAGGCCUUCGUGCAGCAGCUAGAUGAAAGAAUCAAGCAGCAUGACAAGGAAAUUGAGAAGUUGUGCAAUUUUCACUAUCAGGGCUUCAUCGACUCCAUCAGGGAGUUGCUGCAAGUUAGAUCACAUGCAGAGGAGCUACAUGCAGAGAUAUCUAACGUGGAUGCCAAUGUUAAAGAUACUACUGAGGGUUGGUUUCUACUACUUACAUUUUCUUUUAUUAUACUAGGCUUAUGCUCCCGGGCGGAAGAGCUGAUCCGCGCUCGUCGCGUGGAGCUGAACAUAGCAGCCACUAUUGAGAAGAUGGAGCUCUGUCUGCCGCUGCUCACCACAUACUCCAAGCUGAAGACUCAGGUUGAUGCUAAGAGGUACUACCCGGCCUUGAAGACCCUGGAGCAGCUGGAGCACGUGCUGCUCCCGCGCGUGGGGCCGUACAAGUGGUGCGCGCAGAUCUCCCGCGACAUCCCGCGGCUGCGGCAGGCCAUUCAGGACGCGUCCAUGGCCGACCUGCGAGACUUCCUCGAGAACAUCCGCCGGUUGAGUCCUCAGGUUGGUGCUAUGGCUUUGAAGCAGACACAGGAUCUGCUUGGAAGAAGCUUAGCGACCAUUGUUAAAAAUAGGAGAGAUAUGGCGUUGCUGGGCAUCACAGCUAAACUGGACAGCGGGGCGCAGUGCCCACAUGAGCUGGUGGACUUCAGCCCCCUACAUCGCUGUCUUCACAUACACACUGUGCUAGGUGCUAAGACUGACUUCGUGCAGUAUUACAGAGCCCAACGCAAGCAACAAGCUCGUCUGGUUCUCAUCCCGUCAGGCAACCUGCACGACAACAUCCAGAGCGUGAAGAACUACCUCAAUGCUGUGUUGGGCUUCUUCAUACUGGAGGAGCAUCUGUUGACCACCGGGGCGGGACUAGUGUCCAAGGACUGGCUGCUAGAUACCUGGAGCAUGGCGGUCAGCAAGGUGGCGGCCACGUUACGCACCAACACCUCGCUGAUCACAGACCCCACGCUGAUGUUGAGCAUCAAACACCAGAUCAUGCUCUUCAUCAAUACCAUCAAGUGCUACGGCCUCCCGACGGAGCCUCUGCCCCUGCUGCUGCAGGAGAUGGCCGAGCACUACACUGAGGUGCUGAUGCAGCGCUGGGUGGUCGUCUUCCGGGACAUACUCGACAAUGCCUCCUUCUUGCCCAUUGAGGUGGAAAAUCAAGAACAAUACGACGGUGUUAUGGACACAUUCCCGUAUGACGGUGAUGAGUUGGAAACGCAGCCCUUCCCGAGAAAAUUUCCUUUCUCCUCUAUAGUGCCCGCGGUGUACGUACAAGUAAAGGAAUUCAUCUACGCUUGGCUGAAAUACUCGGCGGGCUUAGGCCUAGGCGGCGGGCGGCGCGCGGCGGCGGCGCGGCACUCGGCGUCGCUGCUGCUGAGCCGCUCCUUCACCGGCUGCCUGUCCGCGCUGUUCCGACACCCGCUGCCGCUGCAGCAGCUCGUGCAGAUCAUCGUGGACACCAAGUAUCUUGAAGACGCUACGAUAUACUUGUAUGAGUUCAUCAGCAACAUCACUGGCUCCGAGCUGGUUACUACUCAGACUGCAGGUAGUAUGUUCCAGUCGGCUCGUGACGACGCCGAGAAGCAGAUCUGCGACAAUCUCGAGAAGAAGGUCGACGAGUUUCUUGACCUCGAGAACUAUGACUGGCUUCUAGUGGAGCCCACCGGUCAAGCGUCCUCAUUUGUCACGGACAUGCUGAGCUAUCUCUCCGGAGUACUUACUUCGCUCGAACAACUGCCAGAACGCGCCAGGGUGGCAGCAGUCCGCGCGGCGACGAACCGCAUAGCGACGCGUCUGCGCAACCUGUUGCUGGACCCGGGCGUGAAGCAGAUCUCGUCGGGGGCUCUGUACCAGCUAGACCUGGAUGUGAUCCAGUGUGAACAGUUCGCGGCUGCCGAGCCCGUUCCGGGGUUGAGGGAGGGAGAGCUGUUGGAACAUUUCGCCAGCUUGAGGCAACUGCUAGACCUGAUCACGGGUUGGGACUGGUCCUCGUAUCUCCACGACGUCGGCAUAGAAGGCGGGAAGUACGCGCUGGUCACGCCCCGCGACGCCGCCACGCUGUUAGAAAAGCUGAAGGAAGCAGAACAGAAGUCUUCCGUCUUCUCCGUUCUGAAGAAGAACGAAAGGGACAGAAGGAAGUUGCUCGACACCGUGCUGAAGCAGUUGAAGCAACUGCAGAACCAGGACGGCUCGUGAAUGGAAUUUUGAGAUUUAAGACGGUUGCGUCUUGGAAGCGUGUUCGUAUGAAUUGGACUCAUGCGUACAAUACAAUACAAGAGCUCUGUAUUUGCACAAACUCACAAGAAAAAUAUCAAUUACAUAUACGACAAAAGUAGUACAUAACAAUAGGCAAUCUUAGACUAAAGGUGGUAUUAAUAAACGAAUCUCAGCUGAGACUGCCCUCAAGAUCAUGCUCAAAUGUCUGUUUUUAUAUGAGAACUGUCACAAUGACAUUAUCUUGAGGGCAGUCUCGAAGCUGACAUUAGUUUAUUAAUACCACCCUAAAUGCCACGCCGUUGCGUGUGAAUUACAGUCUUUGACCGUUGCGC